UAAUUUGGUAACCAUAGCGAGCGGCAGAGUGAACGCGUGCUGCGUCACUUUGGGUGAGGGAGAGAGGAGGGGAAAAAAAAGCCAGAGCGCGGUUGUCCUGACGCCACUUGUAUUGCGAGCUCCUUGCACUCUAGAAGAGCUUAACCACGACAAGCAUGCAGCCAGCUUCUGCAAAGUGGUAUGACCGAAGAGACUACGUCUUUGUUGAAUUUUGUGUAGAAGACAGUAAGGAUGUUGAAAUAAAUUUUGAAAAAGAGAAGUUUACAUUCAGCUGUCUUGGAGGAGCAGAGAACAUAAAGCAUUUUAAUGAAGUUAAUCUUUAUAAUGCAAUUGACCCAAAUGAUUCCAGACACAAGCGGACAGAUAGAUCUGUCUUGUGCUAUUUACGAAAAGGAGAAUCUGGUCAGGCAUGGCCACGGUUAACCAAAGAAAAACCAAAGUUGAACUGGCUCAAAGUGGAUUUCAAUAACUGGAGAGAUUGGGAUGAUGAUCCAGAAGAGGAAGAUCUAUCCAGCUUUGAGAAGUUUUCACAGAUGAUGAACAAUAUGGGAGGAGAUGAUGGAGACAUCCCAGACGUUGAUGGAAUGGAUGAUGAUGGGUCGCAGGAUAGUGAUGAUGAGAAAAUGCCAGAUCUAGAGUAAACAAAUUGAGGGGAAAAGGCUUCAGGGAAUUGGAAGCAACGCGUUCAUUAAAAUGUUAAUUUUUAACAAAAUUAUAAGUUGAUAGUUGUUCAGGGCAGUGAGGCAUAUUUCAAUUCAUUUUCAACCUGUUCAAAAGGCUUUUCUAGGGGUCGAUGCAUACCAGAGUAUUGGACAAAAUUGCUUACCAGUACAGGACAAUAUAAAAAUAUGCCGUUAUGCAUAUUAUAUGUCAGGACUUGAGUAAAAGUUAUUUACGGUGAUUUGAAUUUGUACUGAUCUAGUACUAAACGUUGUAGUUGGUAUCUAAUACUGAAUUCCUUCAGUAUCAACUAAGCCACUGUAGCUAAUUCUGCAGCAGUUAGGUAGUGAGGUUUUAAUAACUUUUCAGAGUGGCUCCGUCUCUUCAGAAUUCGUUCAAACUAUUAAUGGUAUUGAUUGACCCUUAAGCUUCUACAUCUGUUAGUAUGAUGAGUGAUAAAGCUGUACAUUGUCGCUUGUGGAUUUUAAGUGGCUGUACAUUUAGAUGACCAAAAGUGUAUUUGCACUGUCUUGAUCAUGAAUGCAAGUUUUAAGAAAACUGUUAAUACACUAUCUUUAGGAUGUAUUUUGUGAAAUCUGCUCAGUACAAGCUGAAAACCUCAAUUAUGUCAAAUGCAAUGGAAUUUUUUUUAAGCCUACAAUAUCUUUCUAAUAAACUGUUAACACUUAAAUAUGCUGUUUUUACUUUGCACAUUUUGCAUGAAUAAUAAUUGCUUUCUGCACUCAUUUGAUGUUUUCUAUUUAAAAUUUUGUUACAUUUAAAAAUUCCUGUGGAUGUACUGUAAAAUGCUAUUAAUACCCUAUUCAAUAGUCUGAAAACUAUUGUACUUCUGGCAUACUUAUUAAACUUGCUAGGGCCCCAUUUGCUUGCUCCCUUAAAUUGACUGGUUCACUGAAGCAGUAUGUAACAUUUUUUUCAAAGGAUGAGCUAAGUGUUUGGAUAUUGAUAGUAGGGACCAAUGGAGUUAAUGGGUGGAGGAAAUACAAGGAAGGCCUUAAAGCAGGACAUGAGGGUCUGCAGGGAUGAAGUUUUUUAAAAAAAAUGUUAACCAUAGAGUUUGAAAUUGAGGUUUGAGCUGCCCAGCAUAGGUAAAUAGGUAAUCAAAAACAAUGAGGAUAUUUGGAUGAGGGGGUGGAGAGAUUUAUAUUUAUGCAGUGGAGUAUUUUUUUUAAAAGAGAAAACAGGUUGUCCAGGACGAUGCUAAUCUUUCCCUUGUACCCUUUGAUUUCUGACAAUUUGGCAUAACCAUACAAACAAAAGCAUUGUGAUUGGAGCUUGUACCUUGAAUAUUUCAUCCCAAAGUCAUGGAGUAACUAAGAUAUGAUCUGGGGUGGAUUUGGAGAAGAAUGGAAACAAGUCCUGAGGGAUUGUAGAACAUAGUGCCUUUUCUAAUUACUGUUAUGAAUGGAGCAUACAUGAGGUCAGUUGGUGAGUGCUGAGUUUUCGAUACUGAGCUUGUUGGGAAGGGUGGGUGAAACUUGCUGCAAACCUAUUGUGGUGGGUGUCCAAUGAUGAUAGGAAACCUGUGUGGGAGAAUUCUUGAAGUGGAAAAGCCAUUGCACUGGGGGAACUCUGGAUUCAAUGGUACGAACAAGUGUCACGACUGCAAUCAAGGAAGACCCUGGUCAGUGGACUGGGCAGGUGAGAUCCAGUGGUCAGGAUGGUAGUUCUGCGACACUGCGUGGAGAGCAAAGGGCAAAAGUAGUCAUAGUCUACUUCUGUGUCUCGUCAUGGCCUUUGCCCUCCAUGGAGCUGACUUCACAUGCUAGGACAGGCUUGUCCCUAUCUCGCCAGAGUGUGAGGUCACCGGCUACCCUCACCUGUCGAAGCAGUGUACUGUGGUUUGACUACUAUCAGAAUCGGGUUUAUUAUCAGCAACAUGUGACGUGAAAUUUGUUAACCUAGCAGCAGUAGUUCAAUGCAAUACAUAAUAUAGAAAAAAAAACUAAAUAAAAUAAGUAAAUUACAGUACAUAUUGAAUAGAUUAAAAAUUGUGCAAAAAAAAACAAAUAAUUAAAAAAGUGAGGUAGUGUCCAAAGAUUCAAUGUCCAUUUAGGAAUCGGAUGGCAGAGGGGAAGAAGCUUUUCCUGAACCGCUGAGUGUGUGUCUUCAGGCUUCUGUACCUCCUACCUGAUGGUAACAGUGAAAAAAGGGCAUGCCCUGGGUGCUGAGAGUCCUUAAUGACGGAUGCUGCCUUUCUGAGACACCGCUCCCUGAAGAUGUCCUGGGUACUUUGUAGGCUAGUACCCAAGAUGGAGCUGACUAAAUUUAUGACCCUCUGGGCUUCUUUCAGUCCUGUGCAGUAGCCCCCACCCUCCAUACCAGACAGUGAUGCAGCCUGUCAGAAUGCUCUCCACAGUACAUCUAUAGAAGUUUUUGAGUGUAUUUAUUGACAUACUAAAUCUCUUCAAACUCCUAAUGAGAAAUAUAGCUGCUGUCUUGCCACCUUUAUAACUACAUCAGUAUGUUGGGACCAGGUUAGAUCCUCAGAGAUCUUCACACCCAGGAACUUGAAGCUGCUCACUCUCUCCACUUCUGUCCACUGUCACAUGCAAACAGCUACUUGGAGCCAAAUGUGAGAGCUGAGUGUCCGGUGGGAACCAAAGCUGAGCAAGCUACCCCAGAAUGAACACAACAAGCCCCUUCACCAGAGGUGUUACCCACCCUGGACACCUCAUAUGCCCCAAUGCCAAAUUCUGUACAGGAAUGCUUAUACAGUGUUCUACUGACAUCUGUUUCAAUGUACAAUGGUGUUAAUUAGAUCUGAAAUAAACUCUUCAUAACCGA